GUGGCGACCAACACUUGUGGUCCUAUCUUCAUCAACGUUAACUCUUUCAUAAACAUCCGCUUUCUGCUGUCUAGCACUCCCUGAGCAUGGCGCUAAGGCCAGAUCCGAGGGCAGGACGUCCUGUUGUCCAGUACGACGAUAUCAGCCUGCCGUAUGAUGAUGCGCCAACGUCUGGACCAUCUGGAACCUCCCAAGCGCACUCUUCUGGCCCCCAAACAUCACCGCCGAAGAACAACCAGCAAGAAGGGAAACCUCCGCCCGCGAAGAAGAGGAAAGGCAAUCGGAACAAAAAUCGUCAGCAACAACAGCAGCAUCAGCAACACUGGGACGAUCCAGGCGCAGCUGGUAGCGGGAAUGGCAAUGCUGGCGUAGCCGGCUUCAACAGUGGCGCCCCAGCCGCCCCUAGUAAGGGUGGUCAGGGAGGGCAGCAAGCGCAGCGUGCGCAGAAGAACGCGUCUGUUCAAGACCAUUCGAACGCACAAGGAGGUCCUUCGACCACCCAAAACCAUUCAGCGCCAAGCCAGAAGAGCGUCUCCUUCCCAUCUGUUGCACCUCAGGAAGUGGAAGAGGUCGAAGAGAGCCGUGAGCUCACGUACGAGGAAAUCUGGGACGACUCGGCGCUUAUAGACGCGUGGGAUGCUGCGAAUAAGGAGUACGAGGCCUACCACGGCAAGGGCAAGAGCUGGAAGACGGAGGGCGCACGCAAGUCCGUCCUUUGGUACAACAUUCCACCCGAACCGAAAUCGGCGUCGGCAGUCGGCGGUGGUGGACUAGCUGGACAGGCUAUUGCGCAAGCCAUGGCGAUGCAGGAGCGGCAGAUGAAUGGUGAAGUAUCUCUGGAUGGCCAGCAGGAAGACGGGGAACAAGAAGAGUACGACGCUUAUGGUGAAGGCAACGAAGGUGAUGCGCAAGCCACGAUGCCUCCAGACUUGGGCGCGUACCAUGGGAAGGGAGUAGGCCAGGACGAGGCGUUCUCGCGCGCGAUGAACGCGAUGUACUGGACGGGGUAUUGGACGGCGGUGUAUCAUGCUUCUCGAAACGACCAAGCAGGUCCGCGAGGGACGAAGCGCGAUGCGCUGGAGAUGCAGGAGGUCGAGGAGGAACUGGAUGGGCGAACGGGAGAUGACGAGGAAGCGAUGGAGGAAGACGGCUUCGUGUCUUCGCAAAGGUAG